UAUCAUUUAUUUAUUUAUAUUUAUUAUAGGCGCUCGGUCGAAAGCUCCGAAACCCCAAGGUCACAGAAUAUAAAAGGUUAUCAGUGUAUUUCUUCACUCGAUUCCUUUUCUUGCGCUGAAAGUCGGCCAUGGAUGCGGCGAAGGUGAAGGAGCUGAAGAUCUUCGUGGAGCAGUGCAGGAGGAACCCGGAAAUCCUCCGCGACCCCUCUAUUUCCUUCUUCCGCGAUUACCUCGAAAGUUUGGGUGCUAAGCUUCCCCCGGCAUCUUUUGGCUCCGCGAAGUCACCUCGAGCUGGUGAUACGAAAAGCCAAACGGUGAAUGACGAUGAUGAUAUGGAUGAGGAUAUUUUAAGUGAUGAGGAUGGGCCAGAAAUCCAUGAAUCAGACGAUGAAGUUAUAGAGUCUGACGUUGAGCUUGAGGGGGAGAUUGUAGAAGCAGAUAAUGAUCCUCCACAAAAGAUGGGUGAUCCUUCUAUUGAAGUCACGGAAGAAAGCAGAGAUGCCUCACAAGAGGAGAAGGGGAAAGCCAUGGAGGCACUUUCCGAAGGCAAGUUUGAUGAAGCAGUUGAGCACCUGUCAGAGGCAAUUACGCUGAAUCCCACAUCAGCUAUAAUGUAUGCUACUAGAGCGACCGUUUACAUCAAGAUGAAGAAGCCAAAUGCUGCAAUUCGGGAUGCAAGUGCUGCAUUGGAGAUCAAUCCUGACUCUGCCAAAGGUUAUAAGUCUCGUGGCAUAGCUUUAGCUAUGCUUGGCAAGUGGGAAGAAUCGGCAAAGGACCUUCACUUGGCAUCAAAAUUGGAUUAUGACGAGGAAAUCAAUGCCAUUCUUAAGAAGGUUGAACCCAAUGCGCACAAGCUUGAAGAACACCGCAGGAAGUAUGAACGUUUACGGAAAGAAAGAGCUGAGAAAAAAAUUGAACGGGAGAAGCAGCGCCGUAGAGCUGAAGCUCAGGCUGCUUAUGAAAAGGCAAAAAAGAAAGAACAGUCAUCUUCGGCAAACCCUGGGGGAUCACCACGUGGCAUGCCUGGUGGGUUUCCCGGCGGAUCUCCGCGCGGCAUGCCUAGCGGGUUUCCUGGAGGCAUGCCCGGAGGUUUUCCUGGUGCCAUGCCUGGAUCUGCCCCCGGAAAUAUUGAUAUGAGCAAUAUUCUUAAUGAUCCUGAACUAAUGGCAGCGUUUGGUGAUCCUGAAAUAAUGGCUGCUCUUCAAGAUGUUAUGAAGAAUCCUGCAAAUUUUGCUAAACAUCAAUCAAACCCUAAGGUGGCUCCUGUAAUUGCAAAAAUGAUGGGGAAAUUCGGUGGAUCCAAGUGAGAAUUCUGACUGUUUUCUUCUUGGAUUGAACUUUGGUUUUGAGGCAAAAUUUAAAUGAAAAUCUUCCUGAUCGAAAGAGUGUUUGUUGAUUAAUGUAACUCUAUAUUAUAUCUGAAUUGAAAAAUCGAAUGAACAUAGUUUUUGUCCUUGUAUCUUUUUCGAUGUGAUUGAUGACUUGUUUGGCUUUAAUAACUAUUUCCUGGAUCUGGGUGCGCUUUUUAUGGUAUCAA